CUAACUCAUAACAGCAUAUACUUUACGAAACUGUCAAAUUAUGUGUAUACUGGUCUGCAGAAUACUGCAGAUAGUGCCAGAUAGAUGCCUAGGCAUAGGCUGUGUCAUGAGACAAUACUGACAGACAGUAACCUAGCAGAACACAAUCGACAGCCUUGCUCUGCCACUUUGUUGGCCAAUUGAAAGGUAACCUCAGGUUUGUAACAGAAGUCCCAAUAAGAACCUCAUAAUGUCAGGGGCUGGGAAACAGUCUCAGAAGAAUGAGGAAAACUUCAGCAAAGUGAAGGAAAAGAUGCAGAGACUGUUUGGAUUUGGGAAACCAUCUACACCUCCUGCCAUUCCUAAAGCUACCACUAGAGAAGUUGUUUUCACAACAGAAAUUUUGAAGGAAAUUGGCCCGGAGAGCCCUGCUAACAACCGCUUGAGGAGGAUACGUGAGCUCUGUGAAGUUGUCAAAUUGACUAGACUGGAAGAUAAUGCAGUGGAAGCUCUAUGGGGACAGAUCAGCGACCUCUUGCAGCCACAGGUGGUUGAGGAGAACAGGCACUUGGCUCUUCGCUUCCUACAUUGUCUUGUAGAGGGACAGCUGCCGUACUUGACGAUCGUCCGUGGCCAUUUCUUCAGGGUGAUCCAGGGCCUCACAGACCCAGCUGACAUUCAGUACAGACUUCAGCUAUUUGACACCCUGAGUGAGUGUGGGAAGAACUUACUCUACUUUGAGGAUGAAACAGGUGUGUUCCUGCAGCUCUGGAUGCCCGAGGUCAUGUCGGCAGGCUAUGUGGCCAGCUUCCUGCCCAUCAUCCUCAACGUGAUCAAGUACAAUGCAGCUUACGUUGACGAGGAUGUCAUGGCUGGACUGGUCCAGCAGACCUGUAUGAUCCCCAACCGCUCUCGCUGUGAUGAUGAACUUAAGAAAUGCCUACAGGUCCUGGAUGCAGUCAUCUGCUACAGCUACCUGCCCUCCAACUGCCUGCACCACUUUGUGGCCGCACUGUGUCACACAGUCGACAAGGCACUCUUCAGUGAGAAGUCUUGGGAGGAGAAAGCCAGUGGAUAUACUUCUUCUGAGGGGCGCCAUUUUCUUCACCGGCAUGGCUCUGUGGGGCUCACGUCGCGUCAGUACACUAAAGCAAUCUCAUUCAUCUGUACUACCAUCAUUUUAUGAGGCUCUGUCCCAUGAGAACAACAUAGUGGCUUAUGAGGUGGUGUUGAACUUACAGCGACUGGUCAGCAAAUAUGGCAAGGACUUACAGCAUGUCACCUGGGAGAUUGUGCUCGACAUUCUACAGAGGCUGCUCACUCAGAUUGACAAAUGUGGCUUUGAGAGGAAAGUGAUGACAGAGACUCACCAAGUAAUAACAUCCAUUGAGAACCUCUAUCGCAACCGUCAGUUCUUUGGCCCCACGGCUCGAUUUUUUCGUCUGGUGGAAAUGUGUGCAAGCAAGAGGCCUAGCAGCUCAGUGUGUGCGCUCAUGGACUACCAGACACAGUUUAUCCAUCCAGGUCAGGAGAACUGGAUCGAAGCUCUCAAUCAGCUAAUGGAGAGAUACCUGAAGGGCCAAACUCGCACUGAAGUGAGGAAGAAAUCCCUGGAAGUUCUAUCCCUUGUUCUCAGCAUCAACACCCACGUGUACGAGCGAGAGCUGAUUGAGCACAUUGUGCUGCCCCACUUCAGCCACUGCGACACGGACCCAGACCCAGAGGUGCGCUGCCAGUCCGUGGACCUGCUGCUGGGCCUGUGUGAGGACUGCCACUCCAAUGAGUUCUUUGAACUCUCCAUCAUUGUGGAGAAGAUUGUCAAGAAGCCUCUAGUGAGCAGUUUUGCGGACAGUGAACGUAAAGAGGAGGGAACACUUGGCCCAGAGGAGGCCAGUCUCAUUGACGUACGCAUGGCUAUCCUCAAGAUCAUUGAGGUCUUUAAGGUGAAACUGUACACAGCCCCAGCCAGUCACUGCCAGCGUCUGUACGAAUUGCUCAUCUCACACCUGGAGAUGCAGUACUCACACCUCUACCUCGGCCGCUUGGCUUGUCAGCUGCGGAAAGCCAUUUUCAAUCUGCUCUUGUUGCUGCGUGCAGAUAGUCGUUCUCGUGUGGGUCUGGCAGACAGGAAGCCAGGGGAGCGCCAUGUGUACAGUCCCUACGUCAUGUGCCGGCCCAGUGAAGACAUGGAGAGUCUUCUGCUGAAGAGCCCGUCGGUACCUGGACUGAGUCCAAGUCAGAUCUACUCUGUCAUUGAGUACGAACACACUUUCAAGCUGUUUCUGCGUUGUCUAGAGACGGAGCGUGACUGGACGGUGCUGCACACAGUGUUGGAGAAACUGACACUGGUCCUGGAAAACAAGACCAUGGUUCUGUCUGCCUCCUCGGACAACGAGCUCCUAGAUGCACUGUGCGGCAAGCUCUGUGCUAUGGUCAAGGAUAGAACAGUGGAACAGUCGAAGAAGCUGAUCAACCGCCCGCCUAACUUCACCCGCUCAGACUUCCAUGCCUGCGUCUUCCCUGUUUUGGCAUCUAUGGUCACUUACCAUGCCUAUCUGGACAAAACUCGACAGAGAGAGCUGGUGAACUGUCUUGAGUUUGGCCUGGUGUCCAAGUGUGCCAAGAUCUGUGUGACCACGCUGCGCAUUUGCUCGCUGGAGAUGAAGGAGCUGAUGAUGCGCAUGUUGCCCGCGGUGCUGCUCUCCCUCUCCAAGAUCUCCGCCACCAUCUCCAUGGCCAUACCCGUGCUGGCUUUUCUUUCUAGUAUUGUCCGUAUCCCCAAGCUGUAUGCCAACUUUGUGGAGGAUCAGUACAUGAGUGUGUUUGCCAUUGCACUGCCCUACACCAACCCUUUCAAGUUCAGCCACUACACCGUGUCACUGGCCCAUCAUGUGAUUGGUAUAUGGUUCAUUCGCUGUCGACUUCCCUUCCGACAAGGAUUUGUCAAGUACAUCCAGAGGGGUCUCAAGUACAACGUCCUACAGCUUUUUGAAGAGAACUCAAUCCGCCAUUUGAGUGCCCACAACCAGGACUCCUCGGAUCGCGGCCGGACAUCCUCGCUUAAUGAAGGACACAGGAUCCGGAGACGCAACAUAUCGGGGAUCGAAGGUGUGAGGAACGAUGGUCGCAUCCCCAUGGACGAGAAAAUGUCACAGUUCCACAAAGAGCUUACAGAGACCUGUGUGGACAUGAUGGCUCGAUACGCCUACGGGAACUUCACGGCACUGCCCAAAAGGUCUCCUAUGGCUCAGUUCCUGCUGAAGGACGGACAACGUGGUAUGUGGGUGGUCGGCAACAAGAUCAUCACCAUCACCACCAGCGGUGGAGGAGCCAAGACCAAUAACUCUGGCCUCUGCGACAAAUGCCUGUCCUCUUACCUCAACACACAGGACCCCAGAAAGGAAGUCAAGCGCUCAGCUCCCAUUGCCAUGGGAUCCAGCGCUGGAGAGUCCCGGCGUCGCCACAAGUCUAUGGCUGCCUUGGGACGCUCACAGACACAGGUUGACUCUCUAGGCAUCUCCUUGGAGUGUGAGGAGCCACGUCGCUCUCGUGAUGACAUGAGUCUACCACAGGAAGCCAGCACGGACAUUUUUGGCCGGGAUGAUGCUGCAGUCCAAACGGGCAGUUCUUUGACCACCAGCGCCAACUCAGAUGCCAUGGAUGCUGGCUUUUCAGGUCCCAAGGGUCGUAUGUCUGAGCAACGGACAUUCUCGCUGUCCCAGUGUAGUUGUUGGUGCACGAGCUGGGCUGAGGUCAACAUCCGUGGGGCCAGUGGUGUGGUGUGCUGGAUGAUGAGAAUCGAGAAUGAGUCCAGCAGUCCCAGUUUCAGCUCUGACCCCUCUGCACCGGACAUAACCCAGCUCCUGGCACCCGUCAGAUGCAAGACUCCAGACUCUGACAGUCUGGGCAAGAUUGACAGCGGAAGUCUUUGUGAAGAGGAGUAUGAGACAUUACACUCACAACAUUUCUCUGAGGCAGAGAGAAGAUUGUUUCAUGAAGAACCACUCAGUCAAACAGACACUCCUACCCAAGAUGUAUCAGACUCUAUCCAGACUGACAGCGACCUCCAGUUCCAGUCCCCCAGCAACCUGCGCCGCAUCAGCUCCUCCCCCUCGGUGCUCAGCGGCUCCCAGGAUACAUGCCAGUCACCACGGGAACUCCUGCGGGAGCUGGUGGAGUGCACAGAACGCGAGAGACAAGCAGAGACGGCCACGCGGGUCGAGUCUCUUGGAUCACGCGCCCGGCCUGAGGCUCAAGAUUUUUCUCACACCGACACCACCUUCCCACACAGUGGGAUCAGAGAAAGAGGUUCAUCAGGUGCUACUGCGGACCCUGACGUUCUGGGGACCCGCAAUGACCCUCAGCAAGGGAACAGCUCUGAUGGGAAUGCGCAGAGUUCAUCGGUGAUCUGUAAAAGCAGACGGAGUGGAGAGAAAAGCUCAGAUCUGGCGAGACAGUUAUCUCUUGAGGAAGAGAGUCCUACUGAUGUAGCCAGACUGACCAAAAUGACCUCUCAGAAGUCAGCUGAGAGUAGUGAUAGCGUGUUUCACGUAAAUCCUGCCUUGACAGGCACAUCUUUCCCGGCAGGGCGGGUGGGCCACCUGGCCUCGACCUCAUCUGAUGGAAAAGCUAUGGUUCAUAGGUCAACAUCAACUGGGAAAAGUUUUGAGCCCAAGAAAUCUGUACAAAGGACGAUGUCUGAAGAUCUCGCUGGGAAGAAACGUCCAGAAGCCUUGAACUUGUUGUCUUCUCAUACCAAGGUCUUUGACAGGGCUGCGGUUGAGGACUCCCCCAACGAGUCGAGUACACCGUCCUCCUUACAGGACGAGGUCCCUGAGCUCCGUCAGCUGAAGCGUCGCGGCCACACCAUCUCCGUCAUGAGCCCGGCUGGCCAGGUCAGGCACUCGGAUGACUAUGAUGGCCGCUUGCAGUCCGGGGGACCCAAGGACGCUAAGGGUGGUCUCAGCCCCAGCUAUGUGUUCCUGCAGCUGUACCAGUGCCACCCUAUGGUGCAGAACCAGGAGGUACCACUGAGGGUACCCGAUAAUGACAAAUUUCGACGAACUAUCGACAUGCUGGAUCAUAUCUACCCAUACGAAACCCACAAGAUCGGAGUGCUCUACAUGGGCAAAGGACAGCCGAGUGAUGAGAGGACGCUGCUGGGUAACGAGUUUGGAUCCCCACGCUACACAGAGUUUCUUCAAGGCUUGGGUCAGAUGAUCAGCAUUGAGGAGGCAGAGCGGGACAAGAUCUACCUGGGCGGCCUCAACCCCAGCGAUGGAAAGUUCACCGUCACCUGGCAAGACGAAUCACUCCGAGUGAUCUUCCACAUUGCCACUCUGAUGCCCACAAUGCCAGGAGACACACGCUUCAACAACAAGAAGAGCCACAUUGGCAACGACUUUGUCACCAUUGUCUACAACGACAGUUCUGAGGACUACAAGAGUGGGACCAUCUCUGGUCAGUUUAACUUUGUGAGCAUUGUGAUCCGCCCGCUGGACUAUGAGAGCAAUGCCGUUUCCCUCAUCACAAAAGAAGCGGAAUUGAGAGAUCAAAUCACACCAGGUUCCAGUGGUGAAAUGAAGGAUAUCGCAGACAUCCUGGGCCACACACAUACCAAGAUCAUCUCUGAUGCCAACCUGCCCCUGCUGGUCAGACAGAUUGCUGUACACUGUAACCUGGCCUCAAUGGUCCUGCAGAGACAGCAGUCCACACUGGGCACGCCCGAGGUCUUCGCCUCCAACUGGCUGGAGCGUUUGCGUCAGAUCAAACUCCUCAAGCGCAGGAUCAUAGAGUACCAGCCGGAAGAGGCAGGCGGUGAGCCCACCAGCCCCUCCCAUGUGUGGCCUCCCCCAGGGGCUAGCGGAGACACAGGGUCUGGUGGUUGUGAGGACUUCACCGACUACUUGUGAUUUCUAGUGACCCAAUUCCAGCAUUAUCGAUCGCCAGUACUUUAAUGAUAUUUGCCAACUGCUUGCGUAUUUGAUCAACUUGUGAAUUCCAUCAAAUGCAAACCUCUUCUACUGCCUCUGAUAGUGCACAUAUGUGGGUUAUUCUUGAGGGGGCUGGGAUUGAACCAGUAGUGUUUCAGUGAUUGAUUUUUCCAGAGUUUUUAUCCCCACUGCUUGUAAUGUUUGAUUUGAAGUUAACCAAGUUGCGCAGAUCAUUUCAAGUCACUGUAGAGAAAUCUGAGUGGUAGGUCUGUCAUAAUUAGUUCAGUUUAACUGAGAUAGUUUCACUGUAUUGUACAGGACAGACACAAAAGUGUGGGGUGUUUUUUGUGAACCUUUUGCUUGUUGGCAAUUGAUGGAGGCUUGUGAUGGGGAAAAGCACUCCCUCUUUCUGUUGACAGUUGCCAUGACUUUUUGGUCUUUGACUUCAUUCCUUGACUGUUGUCUGUUUGCUUUUUUAUUACAUCGUCUUUUUAUUUUUACUGGUUUAUUUUUUUUUAAAUGUAUAAUGUAUUUAGUAUAGCUUGUAUUGGAAGUGUCCUUGCCAGGCAACGUAAUUCCAGGUCCAUGAGCUUUUGAUAAAUAAUGUGUGUAUGUUGUACUCAUCUCUAUACGUGUUGGAGUGGGACCUGGAGGAGAGAAGGGCACUCUAAAUGUCUGCUUUAAGUGAGCCCUGUCAUGGCUGUGUUUAAUUCCCCUUUCCUCCCCUUUUGGAUCUCGGUUUUAUCCUUUGCUUGUUCUGCUGGAGUUAACUGCUGGGAGAGGGUGGAGCUCUGAAACUGUUCAGUUAUUCAGGAAAAUGUUCUGCCGGGGGAAAAAAUGGUUAAUGACUCUUACCCAGUCUGCACUUUUAUCCUGUUGGAGAGCAGAGAGUUGCUGAGGACAUCCAAUCUCUGUUUUGUGUUGCUGUAGAAAUACUAAAGUGCUUCCCCUUGCCCCCCCACACUGAUCUUGAGUGUUACAAGUCAACUGAUGGGGACCGUGUCACCUUCUUGAUUCCUGAAGAGGACAGCUGGUACAUAAUGGCUUCCGACUCUCAGGGGUAUACUGUUAUCUCUGUUGGUGCAAGUGUGAUUUUGAACUAAGGUUCUGAUGACCGUUGCUCAAAUACUUAAGGGGGAAUUCUUGGACUUAAAUUGUUGUUGUCAGGACUCUAGUCCCCACUGAGUUCGGUCCUGUCAGAAAUUGACUUUAAAUCUGAGGCUAUGCCUCUUAAACUAUCUCACAGUGUUGAGGGGUAAAAAAAUCCCAGACCAUACCAUUCCCCUGUAUCUUUGGCAGAGCCACUUGUGUACCAUAUAUGGAGGGUCCAGUCUGUGACUGUGCAACUCCCCUGGAUGUCUUGACUUACCCAUUUCAUUGUUUUAUUAAUUAAAUGGAAGAUUAAAAAGAACGUAAAUUUGGUGUCCACCUUUUCUUUUUCCAGCCCAAAUGCCCUCCUGGUUGGAGGAGCCAUUGGUAGGCAGGUAGGCUGGUGCUGAUUGUACUUUCAUGGUUUGCUUUCUGUCGGCAACAAUUUAUCAUAAUACAGGUACUUGUACAAUUUGCGGUUUGAUUGUCAAUGCCGUCAGACUCUAGUCAACUCUUUAUUAUAAUAGCGGGGACAGAUGUUGAUUAUUCAUGUACACCAAAUUUUUCAAGUCGUCCUUUGUCAUGCUUGAUCCUGCGUGGUGGGACCACGGUUGGGCAUGACUUUGUUGCUUUGGAGGGAUGUCAGUGUACGGGGCAGUGCCUCGUUAUAUCUUGUCUUGUAAUUGGAGGGUAGAGACAUUACUGUUGCCCUGUAGAUUCACAAACUCUGGGGACCACUGAGUGAAAGUAAGUAAAAAUGUUGUUACAUUGUCUAUUCUGUUGUACAUUUUGGCCACAUGUUGCUGCACAUGUGGAGCUUUCUUGCGGAUUUUGAGGAUUACUUGAUCAAAAGAUUUUCUUUGUGUACUUUAUUAUUUUCAAGUGUCAUAGUAAGGCUUUUAAGUGUUACUGAAUGUAUUUGAAUCUUUUAUCGAAAUUUCACUACUUAAACAUGAUCAGUUUUUAAUAAUAUUGUCAUUUGUGGAUCUUAUUUAAUGUAUUUUUUUACUUUUCAGUAUGGCUAAAUUAAAAUAUUCCUUUAAAUGAUGGUUUCUACACAUCACUGAACGGUAUUACUAAUUAAACUAGUGCAUGUGUGACCCAAAGAUACCUCUUUUUAUUAAUAAUUAAAAUUUCUGCAGUAUGAGUGUUGUGGUGUGUAUUAGAGCCGUAAGAUAUUGGCAGGCCUCCGCUUGUGCCAUAGGUUUAGUGAUACAUAUAACACAGUGCGGUACAAGAUCCUGUUUUCUAGCACACACUGCUGUCUUAAUGGGCAUUGUUGGGACAUUUAUAUGCAUUUUUUGUGUCAUAGUCUUCGUCUUGACCUCAAAAUAGCUUUAACUCAUAUGUGUGAGCCCACAAUCAUGUGAACAUUUCUCGUAACCACCAGCACAGUCACCGAUAUGUGUUAUAUUGCGCUUCUUGUGCAUUACCCUGACUUUCCCUUCACUAGUCACUAAACGGCUUUGUCAAACUUGUUCUCCUCAGCGUUGUUCCCUUGGCUUUUAUUCCCCAAAUGUUGUUGGUGUUCCGUCAUAGGCUGGUGCUGUACAGAGCUUGAAUUUGACAACUUUCAACUUGGUGUGUAUUUGUAAACUAUGCUGAAAGUGAAAGAGGUAUUGCUUGGCCUUUGACAAAACUUUUUAUUCCUGAUUUUUGCAAUAAAUUGUUCCAUGCUUUGAA